GAUCAUAUCGCGCUCAUGCUUUGCCCUAGAACUCGGCGAAGAAGAGAAAGAAAAAUAUUAAAAAUAGAAUAAAGAAUAAUAGAUCGAGCUCGGGUAUCUUCUUCUUAGCCUUCGUCUCUCUCCCUCUCUAAAUCGUUCUAGGGUUCGGCAUUGGGGGGUGGGGAGCGAUGGAAAUCGAGCUGGGGUUCGCCGGAUUGGGACGGCAUUAGGUUGGAUUGCGAUCGCUUGGGAGAGGGGAUGGGAUCCGGGAGCAGCAAGGAUGCGACGGCGGCGGGUGGAGGACGGAAGGCGAGAUCCAGAAGUGUUAGGGUUUUCAGCUCUUCUUGCUUUCGCCUCUCAUCCACUCUUUGGGAUGCCCGGAAGAAAGAAGAAGGUGGAAGAUCUAAAGACAAUAUUCGAGCGGACGAAACAAAGAGAAAAGCCUCUGGAAGGAAUCAUGAAGGCUGCAUGAAGCUUAGGCUUUCUGGACCUAGUAAAAUGCCUUCAUUAACUUCCUCUGAUGGUGAACAAAGUGGAGAAGAUCAAGAUGGGGAACUGCAAAUUGAUUCAGUUGCCAGCAAUAACUCUGGCACAUCAGCUGCUAUUAGCCGAUCAUCAAACCCUGCAGGCAGGUCGCGCUCUCGUUUUGGUUUUGUCUCAGAUGGAAUUAGUUUCAGGUUAAACAGAGCUGUCAGUUUGGGGUCAUCAAGGGCCCACUCUCUCUUCUCAGCUGCUCUUUCCAUUCCAAACAAUGAUGCAGGUGAUGAUGCUAUUAUUGAUGUUGAUAGUUCUCUAAAUAAUGUAAAUGAUACCCAUGAGAGUACUGUUGUGGAAAAUAAUUGUCCCCAAGAUGUGGUCGCAAACAAUGAAAGGGUUGAGGCUACAAAUAGUCGAUAUUCUCGUAGGAAUCGACUAGAAGCUGAAAAUGCUGCAUUAAGAUAUUCUAGUAGACGACUUGGACCGCAAGAACCUUUAGAAGGCAGCAUGCGAUUUAGCCGAACACUCAGUGUCGGACGGCUUCGUGACAGAGUUCUUCGAAGGACUUCCCUCUCUGAGGGAUUAUAUGGUCCUGUUCUUCUAGAGGAUAGGUUUGUUGGUUCUACAGAGCAUGUUAACAGGAGACAACUCUUGGGUGGUACAAGACGAGCACAAUCUUCUUCCAACAGGAACAAUGAAGUGCUGCAAGAUUCGUCUAGUCAUCACCCCUAUCGAAUCACUGGCACUACAGACAUAAAUGCUGAUCAUGCCUCGGAAACUGUGCAGCCAAGAGAAACCAGUAACCGUGAUUUACUGGAGCAUAGAUCAGCAUUCCUUGAAAGAAGAAGGAGAAUAAGAUCUCAGGUCCGGGCCCUUCAGCGAUUAGGUAGCAGGUUUGAGAAUUUAUCAGGUCAUGAUAGAUCAUGUAUAUUAUCUGGUCAACAUCGAACAGGUCACUGCACAUGCAGAACAAACAAUCGAGCUGCUAAUCCUGAUGAUGACACAAGUGCUAGGGCUAGCAUAUCUAGAAUUGUUAUGUUAGCGGAAGCACUUUUUGAGGUGUUGGAUGAAAUUCAUCAGCAGUCUGUAGUUCUCUCAUCUCGACCGUCUUUUUCCUCAAUUGGAUCUGUUCCUGCUCCGAAGGAAGUCGUAGAAUGUAUGCCACUAAAAGUAUACAUGAAGCCACAUAAACACCAAAAUGAUGAGGCUGCACAAUUUGAAAAGAGAAAACAGGAUGGUUCUGCUGGCCAGAGAGAACGCAAGUUUCCAGUCGUUGAGGUGCUAUAUGCCUCCCUUGAGAUGGAGUGAAGCCAGUUUGCAGCCAAAGGUGGCUAGUAUGCAUCUAGAAGAAGCAGGUCUGGAAUCUAAAUCAGUGAUGCCCCUAAAAGCAGUCCCACAAUGACCAAAUCGACUGGUAUUAAAGCAUCAACUCCUGCUUCUAGAGCACCAUAUCUGAAUCAGGCUUAAAUUGGUUUAAGUGAUAAGAUGAGAGGGUUCUAUGAAUACACAUCUAAAAAAAAAAUAAACUAUAAGUUUUUUUUUUGAAUAGAAAAUGCAGUUAACGAGCUAAUUUUCCAUUCUGUACUAUUUGCUAGUGCACAUGACUUGCAUUUUCUUUUAAUGGUUGGUUUUAUCCUUUUGGUAGAAUGUGCUAGAUUCUAAUUGCAAAAUUCUUCUUUUUCCUUUGUUGAUGUAUGAUUGUUUUAGAUGUCUUUUCCUGCGGCUUAGAAGUCUUUUCACUCUUUAUUUAUUAUUUUUGGAUUUUCUGUAUUUGCAUCUUUAAACUUAGUAGGCAUUAUCUU